UUCUUUUGUGUGUGUCUGUGUGUGUGUGUGUAUUGUGCACCAAAAAGCCCCAUAAAUACGAGAAAUGUCGCUUAGGAGAGGUUAAAGCAAAUGCACACCACUUGCCGGCACCUAACCUACCUAACAAGAACAGAACAGUGCAGUGAAAAACCUCUGAGAUGGUCACACAGACAUUGCGGCGUGGGCACAUUUUUUAAAGGCAUUCGUGGUAGUUCUGUGUAUGUAGGUGCGUGAGGGCGCGGGUGUUGGCUUGUCAUGCAAUCAUGUUGACACUAAUGACCGCAACGGGUGUACCUGUUGGAGAAAUGUGUUUCUAGUCUAGUAGUUGACAUCUAAAGAGUGAGAUUUUGCUGAAUAAAAGUACACCGUGGUUCCUGUCAACAUACAUAUGUACAUACUAUUUACGUGUUUCUGCGUCGGAGAUUUGCAAGUAGCAUGCAACGCGGGUCAUUAAUGCUUAUCACACAGGCUUGAAAAAAGUUUACAAACUGACACAUGAGUGUGCGUGACAAGAAAUGACAUAUAAAGAUGAGAAAAAACAUAAAAUAUAAAUACAUACAAGCACUUAUAUACAUAUGUAGUAUAACAUAGUGCAAUAUUUUAAAAAGAAAAUUUAAUAAUCACAAAAAAAUUUAUGCAAAAUUGAUUUUCCAAAGUGUUUCCGAACGCCGACAUCUAGCAAUCGUUUCAAUAUAAACAAAUUAGUUGUGUUAAAUGUGUCCGUCGGUGUGGAAAUAACAACAAACUAGUGCAGCAUAUUGACAAAUGCAUAUACAUAUGUAUGUAUGUAUGUAUAAUAUGCAUACCUAUUUACAUGCUUACAAAUGUGUGGAAGCUUUCAUACGCUCGCUUAGUCAAUUAUUAAGUCAACUAGACAAUACGUCAAAAUAUAAGCAAAAAAUAUGACAACGGAAACAUCAACUAAUGCCAUGCAGCGGCAUCUGCUGACCAUCGAAAAGUUACGCACCCGAGUUUUAGAAUCGAAUGUUUCUCAACUAAUCGACGAAGUGAAAGACUUCAACGAUGAGCUACUCGAAGUACAACGCUUAGACGAGCUUAUCAUUGCGCUGCGCAAUUAUAAUGGUCCAACAAUAUGUCACGAAUGGCCAUAUCCGCUAAUAUUUAAGGGAACCAUCGAUGAUGCAGAUGUCGCACAAAUUCUCAAUGGCAAGCAGCGAAUUGGUGGUAAUCGUAGGAAGAGCAACGACAACAAAUUUAGCAAUGGAUUGAAGAGUAGAGCAACAAUGAACACUACUGCAAGUCUAGUUAGUAAUGAAACGGUAUAGCAUUUAGUAGUUUGUAAACUUAGACACUUAGAAAUAUGUAGUAUGUAUGUAUGUAGAGAAUUAUUAAGUAAAAUUUCUUCAAAGCUGUUAUGAGUUUUCCAUAUACAUAUGUAUGUAUGUAUACAUGGUAUAUAGGUAGAUAAAUAUUUAUUCUAAAUGUGAUGAUUUUGCUAACAUGUAUGUAUGUAUGUAUGUUCAUACAUAUUCGUAUUCACAUGGCAAUGGCUGAUGAUAUAGCCUUCAUAUAAAUAGCAUAUCAGGUGUCUUAUUUCUACGUACAUACAUACAUACAUACGAUGAAUACUUUACGCCUUGGUAGUUAUGUAUGUAUGUUCAUAUGUAUGUACGCACACCUAAAAAAGUCAAUGAAGUUGUGAUUUACUAUGUACGAGUAUGUAUGUAUGUAUGUACCUAUGUAAUAUGAACAAUGUUGAGAGAUUAUGUUGCCAUUAAAUAAAGACUGUGUGAAAAAAUGCA